AAUUUCGUUUUACAUAAGCUCAAAAAUUUUUCUGAAAAUUAGUUUCUAUAAAUAAAAAACUAAUUGUUAUAUAUUUGAUUGUCGUCAUUUAAUAACGAACUGUUUUCCCCCAUUCUUCCAAAGGGAAAUUCCCUCAAAUUUCCGGCGAAAGCAACCCAAGGCCCGCAGCCGGCGAAUUCAACUGUCACUUCAUCGUAUCGGGCAGUCCGAAUUCUUGCGCAUUCCAUCGAUCCGUCACAGCAGGUCGCCAUAUUUGCACUUGAACUGAAAUUCGGAAACUUCCCAAGUAGAUUCCGUGUUUGCGGUGAGAAAUUGAAUUCCAAGCGAUUGAAAAGUGUAUCCUCCGGGGACUAGCCGACUCGAAUUACAUUUUCUGAAUUGAAGUGAACAAAGAGUGUUUGCGCGAAGUUAAUAAAGCCCGGAACCCGCCUGAAUUUUGUGUGCCCUAGAAAGUGUUUUGUGCGAAUCCAGCAGCGAACAAUCGGCGAGUAAAAAUGGGAACAAUCACCGACUUCGGGCAAAUGGCUCUGAAAUGGGAUCCAAAGAACCUCGAAAUUCGUACAAUGUCUGUGGAGAAGACGCUGGAGCCGCUCGUUCUUCAGGUUACGACGCUGGUGAAUACGAAGGGACCGAGCAAGAAGAAAAAAGGCAAAUCCAAGCGUGCAAGUGCACUGGUGGCAGCUGUUGAGAAAGCUACUGAAAAUUUCAUUGAAAAGGGUGAACAAAUUGCCUAUGAAAAUCCUGAUAUCACCCAAGAAAUGUUGGCAGCCGUUGAUGAAGUGAGGAAAACCGGUGAUGCUAUGAGUAUCGCUGCCAGAGAAUUCUCCGAAGAUCCUUGCAGUUCCAGUAAACGAGGAAAUAUGGUGCGAGCUGCGCGUAACCUUCUUUCUGCUGUAACCCGACUUUUGAUUCUUGCCGAUAUGGUCGACGUACAUUUACUUUUGAAGUCCUUACAUGUCGUCGAGGAUGAUCUCAACAAGUUGAAGAAUGCUUCCAGUCAAAAUGAACUCUUGAAUAAUAUGAAGCAAUUUGGGAGGAAUGCCAACGAAUUGAUCAAACAAGCUGCCAAACGCCAACAAGAAUUGAAAGAUCACCAGCUCCGUGAUGAUCUGGCAGCAGCGCGUGCUGUAUUGAAGAAACAUUCAACAAUGCUGCUGACCGCUUCUAAAGUCUACGUUCGUCAUCCUGAGUUAGACUUGGCCAAAGUUAACCGUGAUUUUGUUCUGAAACAAGUGUGCGAGGCAGUGAACACUAUAAGUGAUGUCGCCCAAGGUAAAUCGUCACAACCAAAUGAAAUUUACAGCGGUGCAGGUGAAUUGGCUGCUGCUCUGGAUGAUUUCGAUGAAAGUGUCAUCAUGGACCCGCUUUCAUACAGUGAGAAACGUUCACGACAACUUCUAGAGGAACGUCUGGAAAGCAUUAUUAGUGCAGCUGCUUUAAUGGCCGAUGCUGACUGUACUCGUGACGAAAGGCGCGAACGCAUUGUCGCUGAGUGUAACGCCGUUCGCCAAGCUCUGCAGGAUCUACUGUCUGAAUAUAUGGCCAACUUAAUCGCUGCAAAAGUAAGAAGGACGAUGGGUCAAAAAGAGCAGACUCCCGGUUUAGAGCGCGCAAUUGGACAAAUGUGUCGGAAAACUCGUGACUUACGACGUCAAUUGCGCAAAGCUGUGGUUGACCACGUUUCUGAUUCAUUCCUGGAAACAACCAUGCCUCUGCUUGACUUAAUUAAAGCUGCAGAAAGCGGCAAUGAGAAAAAAGUACGAGAGAAAGCCGAUGUUUUCACUAAACACGCAGAGAAGUUGGUUGAGGUGGCUAAUUUGGUGUGCAGCAUGUCAAAUAAUGAAGAUGGGGUGAAGAUGGUCCGUUAUGCAGCGGCUCAAAUUGAAACACUAUGCCCACAAGUUAUUAAUGCCGCUCUAAUUUUGGCCGCUCGACCAAACUCCAAAGUGGCACAAGAGAACAUGGAUGCCUAUCGUGCUGCUUGGGAGAAUCAAGUUCGUAUUCUGACUGAAGCAGUUGAUGACAUUACAACAAUUGAUGACUUCUUGGCUGUUUCUGAAAACCACAUCCUGGAGGAUGUAAAUAAGUGUGUGCUCGCUUUACAAGAAGGUGAUGCACAAGACUUAAGGAAUACAGCAGGAGCGAUUCAAGGUCGAUCGGCUCGUGUUUGCAAUGUGGUCGAAGCUGAAAUGGAUAAUUACGAACCAUGCAUUUACACGAAACGGGUAUUGGAAGCGGUAAAAGUUUUGAGAGAGCAAGUUAUGUCGAAGUUUGCGCAACGCGUUGAUGUUGCAGUUAAUGCUUUGUCUUCCAAUUCAUCGAAAGAUGUGGAUGAAAAUGAUUUCAUCGAUGCUUCUCGGUUGGUAUACGAUGGUGUCCGUGAAAUUCGACGUGCUGUUUUAAUGAAUAGGAGCUCUGAUGAUUUGGAUACUGAUACCGAGUUUGAACCUGUCGAAGACAUGACACUGGAAACUCGAAGUCGAUCAAGCGCACACACUGGCGAUCAAACAGUUGAUGAAUAUCCUGAAAUUAGUGGCAUCUGCACUGCAAGGGAAGCCAUGCGUAAAAUGAACGAGGAAGAUAAAAUGAAGAUUGCCCAGCAAGUUGAAUUGUUCCGACGUGAAAAAUUAACAUUUGAUUCUGAAGUGGCGAAAUGGGAUGACACUGGCAACGAUAUAAUUUUCUUGGCAAAACAUAUGUGUAUGAUUAUGAUGGAAAUGACAGAUUUUACAAGGGGCCGAGGACCGCUAAAAACUACAAUGGACGUCAUCAAUGCUGCCAAAAAAAUUUCCGAGGCUGGUACUAAACUAGAUAAACUGACACGUGAAAUUGCAGAAAAAUGUCCUGAGAGUAGCACAAAAGAUGAUCUGUUGGCUUAUCUGGAACGUAUCGCUUUAUAUUGUCAUCAAAUUCAAAUCACAUCUAAAGUAAAAGCCGACGUACAAAAUAUCAGUGGAGAGUUGAUAGUUUCAGGGCUGGACAGUGCUACAUCUUUGAUUCAAGCUGCAAAGAAUUUGAUGAAUGCUGUCGUAUUAACCGUUAAAUAUUCGUACGUUGCAUCGACAAAGUAUACGAGACAAGGCGUCGUUGCGAACUACUCUCCAAUUGUUGUGUGGAAGAUGAAGGCACCGGAGAAGAAACCACUUGUACGGCCGGAAAAACCCGAAGAAGUGCGCGCUAAAGUGCGCAAGGGAUCGCAAAAGAAGGUUCAAAAUCCAAUACAUGCUCUGUCGGAAUUCCAAAGUCCUGCUGAUGCAGUUUAAAGAAAUAUAUUAAUUGUACCUGGCAUAAGGGGCACCAAAUUUGAUACACUUAAAACCACACGUACUGUCUCUCUGUAGUUGACAAAAAGUAUAGGAAUUAUGCUGAUAAGCAAUGACGAGAAAAAUAUUUUAUCCUAGACCUUAAAUCAGUAAAAAUCAUAUAUUUUAGAGAAUAGAGUAGAGAGGAACGUAGGAACAGUGAUUCAUGAGACAAAAUUCAAGUAUAAAGAAUUAGACUAGUUGAUUGAUUGUAGGAAGAUAUAAUGAAAUGUGAAGGAGAAUAUCACGGUGGCCAAACUGAAAUGCGCUUGCCUCUUACUUCUUUUCGAGCCUAUUGAGUUUCGUUCGGCGUUUUCGGAUAUGAUUGAAUACAUGACUCCGAUUUGUGAAUUUUUUCCAAGAAGAAAUCGAAUCAAAAGAAAAUAUUUUUUUUAAAGUUACAAUUAAAUUAUUAUUUAUAUUUUUCAUUUAAACUGGUAGAACUAAGUUGCGAAUUUUUUACAUGCAUAGUACACAAAUAUACAUAUUCCAUUUUUUA